AUGAAGUUUAACACCACCACCGCCACCACCGUCGCCAACCAGAUCGCCCGGGGCGGAAUCACAGGCACCGGCAGACGGUGGUACACAACGACCCGCGCGACGCGGUGGCCGACGGCUCUGCACCGCGCCGAAAAGGCCUCGGACCUGAAAGCGCACCCGGAAGCCGCCGCCACGCAGGAGAAGUUGCCGGACAAGAAGGGCAAUCGGCACUGGACCGAGGAGAAUGCCACGUUGAGUGAAGAGGAUAUCAGAGCCGAUCGCGAAGCCCGGGAGGAGAAGGCGUCAGGGGCCAAGCCGCAGCAGGACAAGAAGGCGUGA